GUACCAACCAAGAAUCUUCAUACAGCAAGAUGUUUUCGCACGCUAAACAUAUUACAAGACAAGUUGUAAAACGAUAUUAUGGAAAACUGAGUUCUGGAAAAGUCGGCAUAGUGGGUGUACCUUUUGAGGCAGGGCAAGUGCGUUUCAAAAACAGUUUCUUUAACUAAAUUAUGUUUUAUAUUAGUCACACAGUUACAACAAUGCUAUUUAUUCCAAGUUUACUUACUAUGUCGCCGUCUUUAACCAUUUAUGGAGUAUUUGAUAGUAGAAAUAUCAUCAGAAAAAGUUGGAGUUGCAAAAGGCCCACAUGUGAUCAGAGCUGCAGGGCUGGUUAAGGAAUUAGAAACUUUGGGAAUUGACAUCAAAGAUUAUGGUGACCUAUCUUAUGAAGUUGAGGAUGUGGCAGUAAAUAACAUGACACACUUAGGUCAUUUCGCGGGCUGUACUAAGUGCCUAUCAGAAAAGGUGGAAGAGAUUUUAAAUGAUGGCAGACAAGUAUUAACUCUUGGUGGUGACCAUAGUCUUGGCGUAGGGAGUAUAGAUGCUCAUGUUAAAGUCAAGAAAAACGUGGCGGUAUUGUGGAUAGAUGCACACGCAGAUCUCAAUACAAAUGCAACUAGUGAAAGUGGCAAUGUGCAUGGUAUGCCAGUAGCACUGCUGACUAAAGAGUUAUCCGAUUAUUGGCCAUAUUUACCUGGUAUGGAUUGGCAAAAACCUGUAUUAUCCAUAAAAAAUGUCGGAUAUAUUGGUUUGAGGUCUGUGGAUCGCUACGAAAGACUGGUAAUCGAAAAAUUUGGGAUCAAUGCCUAUGGAAUCAGAGAUGUUGAACAAUACGGUAUACAUGAUGUUGUACACAUGGCAUUGUCCAAAGUAGAUCCAGAAAAUAACAAAUCGAUACAUGUCAGCUUUGACAUCGACUCACUCGAUCCUUUGGAAGCUCCAAGCACUGGAACCCCAGUCCGCGGAGGUCUUACUUUGAGAGAAGGGAUUCACUUGAUGGAGGAAAUCUAUAAUACGGGUCGACUAAACGCUGUAGAUUUAGUGGAAGUCAAUCCACACAUCGGUACCGAACGUGAUGUUACAAAAACAGUCGAAGCUGCAAUCCAAAUUAUUCAAGCAGCCUUUGGAUAUAACAGGCGUGGACUCAAAGUUCCUGCAGGAAUUGAUGAUAUACCAUUGCAAACGUUCAAGUAAUUAAUCAGGAUGUUGUCCAUAACUAUGCUAUCAAUAAUACCUACUUUUUCCAUUAACUGUCAGAUUAACAGGUGAAAAAAGUAAUACUCGCAUUAUCAUAAAUUCUUCAAGGGUAUUGUAAAUAACUGAUUGGUAGCACACCUGAACAUCGAGCAUUUCAAUAUUGUGUGUAAUGACAGCCUUUUGUCAAUUCAAGAUCAACUGUUAAAAGAUAUUUACAUUAUCCAACUGGUAUGUACUAAUUAAUGUCUCAUCACCAUUUAGCCCACACCUUCUGAAGUUCUU